GACUUCUCAAUAUCACCCAACAUGCAGGAAUAUAAAGACCUACCCGACUCCGUGCAGAAGACUCUCCAUACUCUAGAGCCUUAUAUCAAACCAAGACAGGAGGUUGCACGCAUCAGGCAAAUUUUAGCAGCGCAUCUGAGCUCUCACGUGAACUCGAAGAAAGGACACCCGAUCUCCCUCCCGCUAUCUCUAGUAGACACUUCUGCCGGUGUAGAAGCGACGGCAACUGGUGUUAGAGGUCUUCAGAAGGAGUAUAUUCGAUGUCUUCGGGCAAAUAUCAAGGCCCGGAAAGAAUUCGCUGAGGCCAGCAAAAAGCACCAAUCCAAUUUGACAUCCGAAAGUCACCACCCAGGGGGAGCUACUCGAGACAACCCAGAACCGCUCAACGAUCCUGGACCAGCGUUGGAUUCCUUUAUCGAUGUUGUUAACUAUCGGCGGAAACAUGAGCGCCUACGCAUCAUUCAGGAUUAUGUGGAUUUGGUGGCGCAGAAGCCCGCUGCUAGAGCCGACCGUCUUGACCCCGGAGUCGUACUGAAGGAUAUAGAUGCUCUGCCCCAGGUUCCACUGGACAUUAUGGGCACUGCAGAAGCACGUCAAGCUUCAGAAAGAACGGACCUCCAGGGGUUAGUUGAUCAACUUGAGAAAGCAGUUCUCCGGGCCAAGUUACUUCUCAAAAGGGAACAGAAGCUCCUUACAAAAAUCAAAACCGACGACUCAGCACCUAAGAAUCCAUCUAGCAGUCAUGGAGGUAGAUUGCAAGCUCUUGGAACAACUCGAAAUGAGCUGAUUAACUGGGUGGAGACGGAACUGGCCAAGGCGGGAGAUGGUACACCAGAUUCAGGAGACGGCAGCGAUUCUAAACUCCUAGAAAUGGGGGAGGGAUUUAUCGACAGUGAACUUAUCUCGAUUCAAAGACAAUAUAGCCGGUAUUCUAAAGCUAGGCAAGCAUUGAUCCUCGCAGCAACCGGGAGAUUGGAUCAACCAUCUCCGAUAACGACUGGUAACGAUGAGGACGAGUCUAUGGAAAAUGAGACAGCUACCGGGUCGGACGUGAUGAACCACACCAUGCAUUCCUAUUUGGUAGAAUUGAUGUCUAUUUCCAAUGAGCAAAAGUCGAUCAUACAGCAGAAGUCUCAUCUCACUAUCAGUCUGGCAAAGCAUCUCAAAAAGGCCGGUCAAGACCUAGACCGCUUGUCCGAGGAAAGCCAUUUGCUACCAGCGCACCCAAGCACGAGCGUUGCUGUACGUGGAAGCGGUUUAGAAAGUCAGCCCUCGUUCGAACAUGAGGUAUCGAGUCACGAGAAGCCUGAUUCUUCUCGUAGAGCUCGAGCAUGGGUCUUCGCUGCAGAUUCCUCUAGGGCAGCUACAAGGGAUGCUAUUCAGGAGAAGAUUGAGGAUGGUAGGAUGGAAGUUCUGGACGCUCAACAGACUUUACUGGAGCUGCAGCGCCUCCUUGGGGAGGGCAAUGAUCGUGAGACUGAAGCCAACGGCAAAACGGCAAGGAAUAUAGACAGUGAAGAUAUCUGGUCUGCCAUAGCUGGUAAUCUGGGCGUCAUCAAGAGGGACAAGUUGGAUUCUACGUAGUUUUGCGAUGCUCUGUACGGUAUGAAAUCAUGAAGUAAUGUAAAUCAUGAUACCCCUUUUCGAGGAUUGAGGACCACCAAAGACACAGCGAGGGGUAGAGAUAGCGACAAGGAAGGAUGCUGUGGAUAC